AUGCCUGUUUUCUUAUGGUGGCGACAAUUUGAAUGUCUUUCUUGGCCUGAAGAUCUACUCAGCAUGUUAUGCACUGUCAUUCAUGCUAAUGAUGAGACCAGCCAGCGAAGGCGUCAUACAAUUGCCAGAUACAUUAACCUCUCAACUGCACUAGCGUGGAGAGAUCUUUCGAAAAAGAUUCGUCUUCGUUUCCCAAACGUGUCAAAUUUCAUUGAUGCCGGCUUACUCACAGAAAAGGAAUUCGAAAUAUUGGAAAAGAUCAAUGUAAGGUCGUCUUCGAUGCGUCGCAUCUUCCGUAAUCGAAUUUUGAAGCUGAUAGAAAUAGAGUCCAGUAAAGGAUCACCGUUUCCGUCGAGUUUUAGAACCCAUUUGGAUGAGUGUGAGACAAUCCGAUGGAUGGCCCCGUUACACUGGGUUCAGCAAAUUAUGCGCAAAGAAGAAGAGGAGAAAAAACCUACAACUUCACUUUAUAAUAAUUUUAUGACUGAAUUGAAACUUUUUCGGCAGUCUUUACGAAAGCUGUUUUGUUACGAUUGGGUCUGUGUGCCACUUGUUUACACUCAGGUAUGCGUGUCUUUGUCCCCAAUAUUCAUACAUUCUAAAUAUGGUUACAAGUUUGCAAUAGUGCCAGACAAAAAAACAACUAUACAAACUUUUCUGUAACU